AUGGGCAUUAUAUCCAACCUAGCACGCCGCAUGCGCAAUAACCGCCUUUCCAAAAGACUCUCAACAACAAGCACCAAACUCCACGACGAAGACUCAAACGAUCUAAUCAAACCAACAUCUGAAACAGCCUCACUACGCGCAAGCAUGGACUCAACCUCAACAAUGGUCCACCACUCGCUUCAUGAGCCAGUCCAGCCUAGCGAGUCACCAGCAAACCGUAUGCAGCUGAGACCAGAUACUGGGAACAUGCCGACAUUGUUCGAUGAAAAUACCUCCAGUUCGCUAGACCGCCCUGGCAAGACACUGUCUAGACCUCCCUAUCCGAUUUUGAAAUUGGAUUGUCGGUCGCCUGUUGAGGCGCCGAGGAGGGUGUUGAAGGGACCUUUGGAAGGGGAUGAGGUGAAGGGAGAAGAGUUGGGUUGUUCGUCUGAGAAGGGCAUUUCACCUGAGAAUGGGAAGCGGAGGUCUAUGAGUGCUUUGCUGAAGAGGCAUUGUGGGUUGAAUAUCCCGCGCUCGUCGAUUUCGAUUAAGACUUCGCGUGCUUUGUCGCCGAGGUGGUUGGAUUCUGCGGGACUUACGGAUGAGGAGGGUUUGGUGGAGAAGAGGAAUGAGAAAUGGGUUGAGGCGAGUGUGCAGGAUGAGAAGAGGAGGAAUAGUGUAUGGGGUAGUGUUGGGUUUGGGAUGUGGUAG